ACAACCCGAAGUAAAAAGCUAAAGAAACCCUAAACUUUAACGGAAAAGAACCGCGAACCCGAGUGACUGAGGGAGAGACACAGAGAGCUUUUCUGUGUGUGAAUGAGCAGAGCGGAGCUGCGGGACACACAGCAACACAAUACAUCUGUAUUUGUGUAGGGGAGGGGCGGCGCUGUUACUACUAGCCUAUCACAGAACGCUGACACAAUCAGCUACCCAAUGAUGAUUUUCAUUUAAUCCGAGCACAGAUAUUAGCCGUUUCCCAAUGUCAAGGAAGGAUCCUCGGAAGCCAGAAUUUCGAGGAUGCUACGUCAUCGUCAUCCUUCGAAGGACUGUUCCAAUGUCGAGGAUCCUCGGAAUUGCAACGAAGGAUUGAGUGCUUCGUUCGAAAAAUAUCCCAUAUACAGGAAAUGAUGCAUAUGUGGCCUUUUCUCAAUGUGAAGGAAGGAUCCUCGGAAGCCAGAAUUUCGAGGAUGCUACGUCAUCGUCAUCCGUCGAAGGACUGUUCCAAUGUCGAGGAUCCUCGUAAUUGCAACCAAGGAUUGAGUCCUUUCUUCGGCAAAUAUCCCAUAUACAGGAAAGGAUGCAAAUGUGUAGCCUUCGCGCUCUCGAAUCACCCACAAUCCUAUGCGCGGUUAACGCGCAUAUUUAAAAAAAAUGUCGGGCGGCAGCGCGAACGGACCGGUGACGGGGCAGUAUGCUUUCAAAUGGACCAAGGAACAAACGGAGACGUUCAUUCGUCUCCAUGUGGAGAACAAGCUGCUGUUCACCGGGGGGAGAGACACCGCGGCGAACGGAUAUCGGAAUGCAAGUGUCCUGGCACAGGUCAAGGGACAGAGGAUGGCAAGGCGACGGCAGGAAAUAGGCCCUGGUUUGCCCUCAUGGACGAGGCACUAGGGAAGUCUGCAGCAGUCACGCCCCCUUGCCUUAUUGCCUCAAUCCAAGAGGAACAACCAGGGCCAAGCACUGCUCAACAGGUAGAACAAGGAAGAGACGAAGAUGAGGAGGACGAGACAGUGAGAAACAGGAGGAAAGACAGAGCAGGUCACAGAGGAGAAAAGAGGAGAAGGGAGCGAGAGGAUCCAGUCCUUCAGCUUCUAAAGGAGGAUAUGAAAUACCAAAGGGAGGCAGAUGAGAGGAGGGAAGCCGAGGCCAGAGAGAGGUCCCAGCGCUUUUUUUCCCUCUUGGAGAGGUUGGCAGAAAAAUAAAGCAAAUUAAAUUGAA